GUCUGGGCUCGGUGUUGGUCCCUGGGGAUGUGGAGAGCAGGCAGCAUGUCGGCGGAGCUGGGAGUCGGGUUCGCACUGCGGACAGUGAACGAGCGCGUGCAGCAGGCGGUGGCACGGCGGCCGCGGCAGAGUAAUCCACGUGAAUGGAGGAUCCACUGUGCCUGACAUGACGUGUCCCUCAUUCAUUUCUACUGAAUCGCUGAUCUCCCAGCCAUCCAGCCCCGGCUAGUAGCAGUCAGCAAAACCAAACCUGCAGACAUGGUGAUUGAAGCCUACAGUCAUGGCCAGCGUACUUUCGGGGAGAACUACGUUCAAGAACUGCUAGAAAAAGCGUCAAAUCCUAAAAUUCUUUCUUCAUGUCCUGAUAUCAGAUGGCACUUCAUUGGGCACCUACAGAAACAAAAUGUCAACAAAUUGAUGGCUGUCCCCAAUCUCUUCAUGCUGGAAACAGUGGAUUCUGUGAAGUUGGCAGACAAAGUGAACAGUUCGUGGCAGAAAAAAGGUUCUCCUGAAAGGUUAAAGGUUAUGGUCCAGGUUAACACCAGUGGAGAGGAGAGUAAACACGGCCUUCUGCCUUCAGAGACAGUAGCCGUGGUGGAACACAUAAAUGCCAAGUGCCCCAGCCUGGAAUUCGUGGGGCUGAUGACCAUAGGAAGCUUUGGCUAUGAUCUUAGUCAAGGACCAAAUCCGGACUUCCAGGUGUUACUGUCCCUCCGAGAGGAGCUGUGUAAAAAGCUGAACAUCCCCACUGAGCAGGUUGAGCUGAGCAUGGGCAUGUCCAUGGACUUCCAACAUGCAAUUGAAGUGGGAUCUACGAAUGUCCGAGUAGGAAGCACCAUUUUUGGAGAGCGAGAUUACUCCAAGAAACCUGCCCUGGACAAGUCAGCAGCCGACCUGAAGGCACCGGUGGAAGUGGCACAGGGACACUGAGGCCAGGGCCUGUCCAGGAGGACGAACUCUGCACUCAGCUGGAUUUCCGUCUUGACAAUCCCUGUGUUACAGCACGGCCGUGCCCUCCUUGUGACCUGCAGAGAACGUGCUGAUGAUGACAUGUGUUGACUGAAACCAUCUGUACUUAGGGUCUGACCCAAGAAGUUCACUUCAGGUAGUGGCUGUGGAUUGGAGCUGAGAAAUCUAGACAUCUCCACAGAAUGGAUAUAAGUCAGCAGCCAGGGAUUGAGUUCAGUUUCCAGUCCUGCCCGGGAAUACCAACCAGCCCAUGAAUGCCUUCCCCAGGUUAAAAUGUGGCCACUGAUGGCUAUAAUCACCAAAGUGAGAGGGAUUCACAUUUGUCAUCCCCUUUCAUAGAAAAUUAUCUUCUUACAAACCCCUCCUGAGUAAUUGUCUUUGCUGCUCUGGAGCAAGAUGAUUGCUGCCCCCAGUUUCCACCCCACCCAGUAAAUAUUUAUCUCUGCUCUGGAAUGGCAGUACAGGUAACUUCAGGAACUGGCUCAAGGCAGUGCUCCAAACCCAAAUCAUGGCUCCUGAGAGUUUAUGGCACUCGCCACCUCGCGGUAUUGACCCUGGAAAUGACAGAGGUAACGUAAAUGGGUUUGGGCCUUUCUAACAUCCUCCUCAAGAGACAGGGCUUUGAGCUUUUUCCCCUGGGCUCUCCGGUGAGGAGAACUGAAUGCUGUGAUUUCUUCAUCACCAUAAUCCUCUUAAUGGUAAUUUCUUAUCAAAGACCUGUGAAUCUCAUCGCUUCCCAGAAAUUCCUUCAAAGCCAGUUCAGGCUCACACUUUCAAUGAGGCCUGGCUUUGAGGUUCCCGCCCCUGCAGAGCAUUUUCCAGGCACAUCUAUAGCCUCCCCUCCCCUGCUAUCCUGAUAAGCCAGAAUUUUACAACUUCUUGGUUGUUAAUAAAGUAGCAAGAUCUUCAAAAACCAGAAAGCACAAUUCUCAGAUAUUCGUAACAGGUAACUUCGGUCUGCAUUGUUUAUUUUCUGGAUAUUUUUUCCUAAUUUUUUCAAGCCCUAGUCUUUAAUUUCAUGAAAUAACUUCUAGAACCUAUUGUUGCUGCUGAAUGUAAUUUUGUAAAACCUAAAACCAUGAUGAUUCCGUAUUCUUUCAUUCAGAGCUAUAACAUGUUUCAGAGUGUGUUAAAAAUAUGAGUUUGAAUUAUACCAUCUGUGCCGAUUACAAAGCAAUUAAAAGAUUUAUUUUUUAAGAC